AUGGCUGAUAAUGUGGGGCUGUCCGAUGAGUUUGGAGACCCGCUGCGACUGCAGCUCAUCCAAGAGCUGGCUCAAAUCUCCGGGCUUUCCCGUGUUCAUUCAGCGACUUGGGCGUGCCUAUGGUUCGCUGACAUUGACAGUCUGAAACAUAAUAUCGAAAAGGCCAAGAAGGAUAAUGAGUGGAUCAAUUAUAUACUCCUUAUGCUGGCACCUAGCUCUCAAGAUACAUCAAUGAUGUUGAAAGCCUGGUCUGUUCGGAAGAAAACCAGAAAAACACAGAUCACAGAUGACUCGGACGCAGACGAUACUAAAGCCUCUGAUGAUUCCGAUCAUGAUGAGACAACUCCAACCCGAAAAAGAGGCUUCGGAGAACCGCUCGAGGUGGCACAUAUUUACCCAUAUUCUCUCGGGGAUAGAACCAAGCUAGGCCCCCGGAUCUUCUGGUCGACGCUGAAAUUCUUCUGGUCGCCUGCUCACAUUGCAGCCUGGGAAAAAGAGCUACUCGGGCCCAAGGGCACUGAGGUUUGUCCAAACCUCAUGACUUUGGUAAAUAUGGCCCACAAAUUGUGGGAGCAUGCGAGGUUUGCUCUACGCCCCUUGAGCAUCACCGAAGACAAGAAAAGCUUGAAAGUACAAUUUUAUUGGCUACCUCGUCUCGACUAUUCGCACUCUCGCUCAAUGACUCGAAUCCCACACCCCUUUCCAGAGGAUCUUUCUUCAAGCGAAAGUAAAGAUAGAACCUUGGCUAAAUUGUACCACAUGGAGACAGAUCUGCAGGUCAAGUCUAAAGAUAUCUUGACUUUUCGCACCGCAAACCCCAUCACACACCCUCUCCCAUCCUUCAAUUUACUGGAGAUGCAGUGGGUACUGCAUCGUGUUUUGGCCCUUAGCGGGGCCGCAGACGUCCCCUAUGAGGACUUAGACCCUGACUCAGAUAUGACAAUGUGGGCCCGCAUUUACAAUCUCGAAGAGAUAACUGUCGAGCCUUCAGUUGAACUAGCGCCUGAAAAUGAACGCCCGGCCAUAUCUGAAGACGAAGACGAAGCCAUUUCUGAAGCCUCUUUCAAUUUCGAGUCUUUAGUUGAAUUAGCGCCUCAAAACGAACCCGUUGUCAGGUGUGAAGAGGAAGCCAUUUCCGAAGCUUCUAUCAAACAGAAACUUGAAGCCGAAAUGGGGGCCAGUGAGCAAAGUGAAACCGGCGAAAAAUCCACCACGACGCUCACAACAGGAUCGGAGACCGAGCAAAGGGGAAGGUCAAUGACAAGAAAAUCCCAACUCUUUGGCGAGAACCGCCCUCCUUGGAGACCCAGUCAAUCACCCACAAAGCAGAAACAUAAAGGCUUUUAUCCUUCAACGAAAGGCAGCAAGUCGCCUAGAAAAGAGAGAAAUGUUUAA